AAGAAGGGAAAGGAACGCAGCAGCUACGCGGCCAAGCCAAUGACGCGAUUCAACCGCACGCACGCCUGACGCCUCAACGAAUCAGCCGCUCAGCCAGCACCGCCGAAUCGCCGUACUUCGCCGACUGCUGCCUUCCUCUCUCUUGAUUGCUGGAGUGGUGCCGUCUGCUACUGCUCAUUUAGGCCGGCCAAGGUAAGUUUCUUUUUAUUUUUACAAUUUAAUUAAGCAUUUUAUUUGUUAAAUUAGUUUGUAUUAGUGAGUAGUGACUUGUUGUGUUACAAUUGAUUUGUGUAAUUGUAUGCUUUGAAUUGUGAUUCGGAAAUAGAAAAUUAGGAAUGUCAAAUGUGAUUUGUGAAUUUUUUAAAAUAUUAAUAUGAAUUAAAAUAAAGUAUUGAUUAGUUUUUUAUUUUUUUUGGUAAUUUUAAUAGGUAUUGCUAUUCAAUCUACUUCCAAAUCAUGUUGCUAUACUACUUCCUAACAAAUAUUGUAGCUUUCUCAUAUUAUUUUGAAUUGCUAAAAGUUUAGGGUUAAUUAUCUCAUUAUCUCUACAAAAAUUGAUCCCAGGUUUUGGAUAAUGAUUGACAAAUUGCUGCCAAGUUCUGAAUUACUACUAUGUUUUUCUUGUUGAUGUGCUGUAAAUAAUUUCCAGUUUUCUCCAAGUGUUUGAAACACAAAUAAGCAACACUUGGUUGAUGGAAUUCCCUGAGUGGAUCCGCGCUUUAAUGGAGUCUGAUGAAUGGUUCUUCCGCCAUAGCAUCAAGCUUCUGCUCCUCCUCGCACUACCGGUAUACAUUUCUUGCCGCUUCAUCACCGCCCCUUUCGGAAAGCACGUCCGUCCUGGGUGGGGACCGACCAUCCCCCCAGCCCUGGCCUGGUUUGUGAUGGAGAGCCCCACACUCUGGCUUACUCUCCUGCUCUUCCCUUUCGGCAAGAACCAUUCCAACCCGAUUGCCCAGAUCCUCAUAGCUCCGUAUUUGAUUCACUACUCCAACAGAACCCUCAUAUACCCGCUCCGGAUUUACCUCACAUCUUAUCGCCUGAAAAGGUCUGCUGCCGGGUUCCCAGUGAGCAUUGCUUUGAUGUCGUUCACUUUCAACAUCCUGAAUGCUUACCUGCAGACUAGAUGGGUUUCUCACUACGCUGAUGAUUACGAAGGUGGUGUGCUGUUCUGGUUGCGAUUCAGUGCCGGAUUGGUGGUUUUUGUUGCCGGAAUGGCGGCAAACUGUUGGGCGGACAGAGUAUUGCUUGGGCUGAAGAGUGAGGGUGGUGGGUAUAAGAUACCCAGAGGUGGGCUGUUUGAGUAUGUUAGUUGCCCUAAUUACUUUGGGGAGCUUUUGGAGUGGUUUGGGUGGGGAGUGAUGAUGACUUGGUGGUCUUCAGCUGGAUUUGCCUUCUUCCUCUUCACUUUUGCCAACUUAGUUCCCCGCGCAUAUUCCCAUCACAAAUGGUAUCUGCAGAAAUUUGGGGAGGAUUACCCUACGAAAAGGAAAGCUGUCAUUCCUUUUCUCUAUUGAUGAGUAAUGGUUUGUUACCUUUAACCCCAUGACAAAGUAAAGGACUUGAAAUUUACCAUGUUUUCUUACUCUUCUCUUUUACAAGAAAAGGAAACAAGAAUUUGAACUUUGAGUGAAAGAAAGUCCCCAGGGUUAAAAUUUCUUUCGACUCCGAAAUAGAAAAUUUGAAGAAUAUUGGAUUUCAUAAAAACUGCGUUAUUUUAUUUUGUUAACCGAUUCCUUGAAAGUAAAAAAGGAAGAUAUGUGUUACAACAUGAUAGGAAAUCAACAAAGUAGUCAUUUUUUGUUUCACUAUUUAUCGUUGGAUUCCUAUCUAGUGAUCCAAGGCGUUUUCCUGGACGUGAAACAUCACAAUCAUCAUGUCUGCUUGGUGUGUUCUGUUUUGCAUUAUUAUUAUUUUUCAUUCAAUCAUAAUAGUGCAUCUGAAUUAUGAUAGACUGAGGAAGGCAAGAACCAUUGUGUUAUGAGUACUCAUAUGUUGCACGAGAUUAAGUUUGGGAUUUAUUGAACUAUUUCAAGUGACUACGAAAUAUGAUUGUACAUAAUAAAGUUCACGAUACUUGCUUGUGAACAAUGAUGGAGUUAAGAACUAAGAAUGACAUUU